AUGGCAGGCACAAUCGCUAUCGCCGCUCAGAGAGCAGAUCCAGCAGAACCAGAACGUAGCAGAUGUUGUACAUGUCAUCAAAACAAAUAUAUUUUUCACGUUGUUGUGAUUUUCCACAGAUCAUCACCCGCCAAACAAACUGCUUUUGAAGAUUCUUAAAAAGAGCAACGUGUGACGUAUUUCCCAAGUUUGCUUUUGAUCAUCCAGUUGUUUUACAUUAUCAACAACGCAUAUUCUCCUUUACAUUCGCCUUUGUUCCGAACCGAAUUCUAACGUUGGUAGCCCCCCGUACCUCAUUAAGGACCCAAAAACUUUCAGUAUACGAUGGGAGGCUUGGCACCGCAGCAAUUCUGUUUGAAGUGGAACAAUCACCAGAGCAAUCUCGUCUCCGUUGUUGACGAGUUGUACGCGCGAGAAGCAUUUGUCGAUGUGACGCUCGUGUGCGAAGGUAGAAGUGUAAAAGCACAUAAGGUCGUCCUGUCAGCGUGCAGUCCAGUGUUGCAAGCUCUUUUCACAGACAACCCGUGUGCUCAUCCCAUCAUCAUCAUGAACCAAACCCGACUCUUGGAUUUGAAUGCCAUAAUCGAAUUCAUGUAUCGCGGAUCCGUGAACGUCUCUCAAGACCAACUGCCAACCUUGCUACAAACAGCAGAGACACUCAAAGUGAAAGGUCUCGCGGAGGUCUCGACAACAGAGUGUGUGUGUCCCGCAACAAACGCAGAUGUGUCUACACCGUCCAGCCCACAAGUGAAAAAGACUUCCCCAUCACCUCAGAAACGUAAGCACACCCCCCCACCGCAACCGCGAAGGCACAUAGCGCGCAGCGACACUGAGGACUCCUCACCGAGGACUCCGAGCGAUCACGACUCCAUGCCGGCAAAGUCGCGGACAGCUGCAAGGCAGUCCGCACCGGCCAGUCGCCGCACGUUCGAUCACUCUUACUCCGACGAUAAGACCAACUGGGUCCCUCCCGACUCCGAACGAAACAGCGACCCUGGUCCCAGCCUGGGAGUGGUGCCGGCCCAGGUGGAACUGGAUCGCGCUUUAAGCUCCGUGUCCGAGUGUACGCCCGAUCGUAUAUCUGACAUGUCGUCUCAGGUCUUGGUGGAAGGGACAAUGUGCAGAGUGUGCUCCCGGGUGUUCUCCUCCAAGGGCAACUUGAAACGGCACAUGUUGAUGCACCGCCCGUACAGGCCCAAGCAUCAGUGCAACAUCUGUUUGAAGCUUUUCAGCUGGCCCGGUGACUUACGGACGCACAUUAGGGUUGUACACCACGAGGGAGGCAGGACUGACGGUGAACACAUGCCGCUCGUCUCGGAAUUCACCGUUUCACCGGUGCAAGCGGGUCGCGAUCGUUGGAAAGACACCAUGUGAACCUAACAACUAACUCAGAAUAGACAGAGCCAUCAAAUUCAUUCAUAGGGCAAAGGUGUCUCACAAAAUCGUCCUCGAUCAUCAUCAGAAAGCUGACCAAGUUCGCUUAAGAUGUGUGUGAGGAUUUGUCUAGUCUACGUCGGGGCCUGCUAAAAUUCCUUUCUCGCGGGGAUAAGUAUUUGAAACAUCUUGAUUGCUGUGAUUUUUCGUUACUGGGACACCUUUUGUGAAGGUGCCCAUUUGAUUUUUUGUGGUAACGUAAUGUGUACACAGUGUGUGGUAAUGUGUACACACACACUGAUCAUCAUACAUUGAAUUGAUGGGAAAGGGCAAUUAGAAUGUUACUUGAUAAUUAUUUUUUUUCACCUCACAUGGAAGACAACACUUAUUUGUGUUGCUGCAGCUCAUUUAUCAAUAAAACGGUCAACUGCAUUGCGCGAGAAAAUCAACCCGCGAUUACCUUAAAAUAAUUUGUACGAUGUUUACUCUGACCAUUCCUUACUCAGCAUCUUUCGUGUAGUACCUAACAAUAAAUUUGCAGCUUUCAAUGGAAACCUCCGUUAAUUUCUCCACUUGUCAAUUUUGACCCUUUUGCUGGCACAUUUGCUCCGCCAGUUGCAUUAUUUUAUUCAUGGUUGUGACAUCAGUGCCAGCAUGUUGAUGUCAUGCGUGCCAUUCGUACAAACAUGCCUGUGUAAAAACAUUUGGUAAUGAUCCAACUUGUACAUAUUAAACUGUAUUUAAAGGUACCCAUAUACCAGCA